AAGCAGACCGAAAAUGGGUCAGUGUUUUGAAAACUAUGCUUCUGCCUUGGAUUCUUAUCUGCGAUUUCGGGUUCAAAAAUAUUUUAACUGCCCUUAGUUUGUCUUAAGCACUGGUCGGCUACUGGUCGUGGAAAAUGGCUCUGGUUUUCAUAUUGCUGAUCCUCGUGCUGGGUUUCGUGGGAUACGUCGUCUAUGUGGUCCACAAGAAAGGCAUCGACCCUAAGGACAUCCGCAUCCAUAGCUUGCAGGACGCCAAGAAGCUGCUGAAGCCGCCGCCAAGUGGAAAUGGACCCCAUAAAUACCUGGAGAAAAGGGCAUGAGGUCUUGUUUACGGAAACUCACUUUUGGUCGGCGUGCUUGUUGCACCCAGCGACGUGUUGGCUCCGAAGAAGGACAUGAUGCGGAAUUCUCAAGGACGAUACUUUGCCGCAGAGUUGGGGAUGCCUUUCCUAAGGGCCGAAUUUGUAUAUCUCUAUUUUAUCGUAAUAAAAUUAGUCUUAAUCCUAAUAAA